ACCCGGUGCGCGUGACCGCAAGCCUCCUACCAUUGCUCUCUUCCUCUCAGGUGCGGCCUCGCGCGCGUGAACUAGAAAGACCGGAAGCGUAAAGGGGGUGAAACCUAGGCGCAAAGAGAGCGGACAUUUACUGGAAAUACCGGUGUUCUAUCGGAUUUUUGGGAAAGGGAGCGACAUGUCAAAACGUAAUUCUAAGGAGCGCAGUAAACAUAGGCGCAUGCAGUGAAGAAGAGACCUCAGGAGCUUUAUACUGUAUAUGUUAAGCAACGACCUGCGGACAUAUAACUAGUCUACUUGGGGAAGACAUCUGUCAUAUAUGGAAAGAGAGAAAAUUACUUGAAAAAUAGAUAACUAUUGAAUGUUUGAUCUGACAGAAAUCUUGAUAUUUUUUUUUUAGUUAGAGCACACCUGGGGAGCUGUUUGUAGGAGGAGAGAUUUGACGCAUCGAUAAACUGACAGCAUCUUUGCUUGGGAUGUUCACAUAGUUGUGUCUGGCACACCUGAAGAAAUCAUCUGUCCAUUAACAAAUAUACAGUGUGUGGUCAAGAAGAAGGAAAAGCAGCUGCUAAUCGAGGAUUUACAAAUACACACAGGCGGGGGCAAUGGCACACAGUGUGAAGGCCUGAGUGUGUGUUUGUGGUCUGUUGUCACUGGUGGUUUUGAUGGUUUAUUUGCCAGUGUGGUGAUGUUGCCAAGUUUCUGCUUUGACAAGCGAUGUUUUUCACAGGGCUGCAGGGUUUGUGCCACUGAUCCCACAGUGUGUGAUUAGUGUGGGUGUCAGUUGUGUAGCUGGAAGCCCAGGCGUUGUGUGCUUGUCAGUGUGUUGCGUGGGCUGCCCGGUGGUGUUUGGCAGCUCUGAUGUUUUUGUUUCUGCACGUUGUGGUUUGCUAAUGUGUGGGAUCUGCCGAUUUACAGUGUUAUCGAGUUGUCGCAGGUUUAUGUCACUCCUGCAGGCUGUGGGUGUGCCUUUGAGUGUGUCAGUGCGUGGGAGCCGCUCGUGUGAUUGUUUUGUGUGAUUGUGAGCGUUGGCAUUGCUGUCAGAUUGUGUGCAGGUUGUUAGGUGGGUGUCAUAGUUUGUGUAUAGGCUGUGUCUGCUCUGCAGCGUGUGAGUCACUGCAGCUUAUCUGACUGCUGCAUCCAGUGUCCACUGUUCAAAUAAUUGCUGAGUGUUUAAAAGCCUUGAGUGUGAUUACAGUUUGUGCUAAAUAUAUUGUGCAUGUUUACAUUGUUUAUGUGUUUAACAUGUGUAUGCACAGAUCACUGAUAACAACAUGCAUAGCACACUGUGUGACUGCAGCAUAACAUACUCCCUAUAUUUUUUUUGUUAGCAUGCCACACUUUUUACCUGCAGCUGUGUGACUUGUGUGUCUGAUGUGUGCCUGAUGUGUGCAUGCUAUACUGUCUGUGAGUGUGUUUUUUUUUUAACACUGGGUGUUAGUGUUUGGUAGCUAGAUUGACAUUGUCUUCCUGCUACCUGUCGGUGAUAGUCCAUGUGACCUCCUUGCUUGUCUAGUGUGACAGCACACACUACCCAUCACUCCUUUCAUAAAUACUGACAAAAUGGCAUCUGACCCCCCUGCCCGAAGCCUUGAUGACAUCGACCUAUCUGCACUCCGGGACCCUGCUGGAAUAUUUGAGUUGGUUGAAGUGGUUGGAAAUGGCACUUAUGGACAGGUGUAUAAGGGCCGUCAUGUUAAGACAGGUCAGCUGGCUGCUAUUAAAGUUAUGGACGUGACUGAGGAUGAAGAGGAGGAGAUAAAGCAAGAGAUCAACAUGCUGAAGAAAUAUUCUCAUCAUCGAAAUAUUGCAACAUACUAUGGAGCCUUUAUCAAGAAAAGCCCUCCAGGCAAUGAUGAUCAGCUAUGGCUUGUCAUGGAGUUUUGUGGAGCAGGAUCGGUAACGGAUCUUGUAAAGAAUACAAAAGGAAAUGCCCUUAAGGAAGACUGCAUAGCCUAUAUCUGCAGGGAGAUAUUGCGGGGGCUGUCCCACCUCCAUGCUCACAAAGUGAUUCACAGAGAUAUCAAAGGUCAAAACGUUUUACUUACUGAGAACGCAGAGGUCAAGCUUGUGGAUUUUGGUGUGAGUGCCCAGCUAGAUCGCACAGUUGGUAGGAGGAAUACUUUUAUUGGUACUCCCUACUGGAUGGCUCCAGAAGUAAUUGCUUGUGAUGAAAACCCAGAUGCCACGUAUGAUUACAGAAGUGACAUCUGGUCUCUUGGAAUCACUGCAAUAGAAAUGGCAGAGGGAGCACCACCCCUAUGUGAUAUGCAUCCUAUGAGAGCUCUUUUCCUCAUCCCCAGGAAUCCUCCCCCAAAACUUAAAUCCAAGAAAUGGUCCAAAAAGUUCAUUGACUUCAUAGACACAUGUUUAAUUAAGAAUUACAUAAGUCGACCACCUACAGAACAGCUGCUUAAAUAUCCUUUCAUCAGGGACCAGCCCACAGAGCGUCAGGUUCGAAUACAGUUAAAGGAUCACAUUGAUAGAUCCCGGAAAAAAAGAGGAGAGAAAGAGGAUACUGAAUAUGAUUAUAGUGGUAGUGAAGAUGAGGAAGAGAACCACGGAGAAGAAGGAGAACCCAGUUCAAUCAUGAAUGUUCCUGGAGAGUCCACACUAAGGCGGGAGUUCUUGCGACUUCAGCAAGACAACAAGAGCAAUUCCGAGGCUAUGAAACAGCAGCAAAUGGGACCUCAACACAGAGACUCAGAGGCACACAUUAAACAGUUGCUACAUGAAAGACAAAGACGAAUAGAAGAACAAAAGGAGGAGCGCAGGCGCGUGGAAGAGCAACAGCGCCGUGAGAGAGAUCAAAGAAAACAACAAGAAAAGGAGCAGCAGAGACGUCGAGAUGACAUUCGAAGGGAGGAGGAAAGGAGGCUGGCAGAAAGAGAACAGGAAUAUAUAAGGCACAAGUUAGAGGAAGAACAAAGACAGUUAGAAAUCCUUCAACAACAGCUUCUUCAAGAACAGGCCCUUUUACUGGAAUAUAAAAGGAAGCAGUUAGAGGAGCAGCGCCAGUCGGAACGUUUGCAGCGGCAGCUCCAGCAGGAACAUGCCUAUCUCAAGUCUUUGCAGCAACAGCAACAACAACAGAAGCAGCAGGAGAAGAAACCAUUGUAUCAUUACAACCGGGGUGUUAUGAAUCCCAGUGAGAAGCCAGCUUGGGCUAGAGAGGUGGAAGAGCGUUCAAGACUUAACAAGCAGAACUCCCCACUCUCUGUCACAAAGCUCAACUCUGUGGAUUCUACAGGAACACCUACACAGACACCUCCUACACAAAGGAUUCCAGAAAUCCAGGAACACAAGCCUCUCCGCACCACUCCACAGACCCGUGCCGUCCUCAAACCUACCCCAAGACCCAGCUCCUUGCAAGAUCCACCUGUUGCUCCCAUCACCACCCGCCAAGCUGCUGUGCUCCCUAAUAACUCUCGGGGCAAUCUGGUUCGCCAGAGUUCUGACCCCUCCCCUGAUGCUGGUGUCCCCUCGAACUGGCCUGAGAGGGGACCCUGGGUGAGAAUGGAGUCGGAGGUGCCUCCUCCCAAGGUUCCUCAGAGAACAACUUCAAUAGCCACAGCACUUAAUGCAAGUGGAUCAGGAGGGAGCAGACCGGUGCAAGCUGUGAGAGCCAGUAAUCCAGACCUUCGCAGGGCAGAGAGUGGCUGGGAGAGAGGAGAUUCUCUUCUACAGUCACCACAUCCUAACCUUCCUCAGGCUGGAUCACUUGAGAGAAAUCGCAUAGCCCCCCACAAACUGGAUGAUUCUUCAAUUAGCCCCCCAGGCAGUAAGACUCCAGGAGAGGAGCAUCGAUCCCGUCCAGGACGCCCUGCAAGCUAUAAAAGAGCAAUAGGAGAGGAUCACCUCCUUGUGAAGGACCGACCUGAAGAUGUCCCCAAACCUCCCAAGAAGGCUCUUGACUAUUCUUCCUCCAGUGAUGAGAUGGACAGCAGUGAGGAGGAUGAUGAAGAUGGUGACCCAGAGAGGCCGGAGCAGAGCAGAGAAGUCUCAUCGGCAAGGAAUGGGCGAGAUGCAGACACAGACAGUGUUAGUACGAUGGUUGUGCACGAUGUUGAAGAGCUGGUUGGGAGUACAUCCGAUAGUUCAUAUGGUGAUGGUACAAUGAUCGUACAAAGGACGCCUGAAGAAGAACGCAACCUCCUUCACGCUGACAGUAAUGGAUACACAAACCUGCCAGAUGUGGUGCAACCAAGUCACUCACCCACAGAACAAAAGGGGCAGAAUUUAUCACCCAGCAAGGAGGGCAGCGGUACUGAUUAUCAGUCACGUGGCCUUGUGAAAGCUCCCCCGAAAACUUCAUUUACUAUGUUUGUGGAUCUUGGAUUAUACCAACCAUCAGGGGGGAGUGGUGACACCAUUCCUGUAGCAGCCUCCUUCGUCAGUGGAGAUGCCGCUCGGUUAGAACAAUUGAAAUAUGAAUCUCGUAAGGGGUCAGUAGUGAAUGUAAAUCCAACAAACACAAGACCGCACAGCGAUACUCCUGAGAUAAGAAAGUAUAAGAAGAGAUUCAAUUCAGAAAUAUUGUGUGCUGCUCUAUGGGGUGUGAAUUUGCUGGUAGGAACAGAGAAUGGUUUGAUGCUGCUUGAUCGCAGUGGCCAGGGGAAGGUCUACAGUUUAAUAACUCGCCGCCGUUUUCAGCAGAUGGAUGUCCUUGAGGGACUUAACCUGCUCAUUACAAUCAGCGGUAAAAGAAACAAGCUGCGUGUAUAUUAUCUUUCCUGGUUGAGAAACAAGAUCCUCCAUAAUGAUCCUGAGGUUGAGAAAAAACAGGGGUGGAGCACAGUAGGAGACAUGGAUGGAUGUGUCCAUUACAGAGUUGUAAAAUAUGAGCGGAUCAAGUUCCUUGUGAUUGCACUGAAGAAUUCUGUUGAAGUUUACGCCUGGGCCCCCAAACCUUAUCACAAAUUUAUGGCCUUCAAGUCCUUCACAGAUCUUCCCCAUCGGCCCCAACUGGUUGACCUCACAGUAGAAGAGGGUCAGAGAUUAAAGGUUAUCUAUGGCUCAUCAUCUGGAUUCCAUGCAGUGGACGUAGAUUCAGGAAACAACUAUGACAUUUACAUACCAGUCCAUAUCCAAAGUCAGAUUAACCCUCAUGCCAUCAUAUUUCUGCCCAACACGGAUGGUAUGGAAAUGCUACUGUGCUAUGAGGAUGAAGGGGUCUAUGUCAAUACUUACGGGCGUAUUAUAAAGGAUGUGGUGCUUCAAUGGGGAGAGAUGCCAACUUCUGUGGCAUACAUAUGUUCCAACCAGAUUAUGGGCUGGGGGGAGAAGGCAAUUGAGAUACGCUCAGUGGAGACCGGCCACUUAGAUGGUGUCUUCAUGCACAAGAGGGCUCAGCGAUUGAAAUUCCUUUGUGAACGUAACGAUAAGGUUUUCUUUGCCUCUGUCCGUUCGGGUGGAAGCAGUCAGGUCUACUUUAUGACUUUAAAUCGCAGUUGUAUCAUGAACUGGUGAAACAGAAGAUAUUCUGUAAUGAAGGAGCUAGAGGUUGACAGCCCCAAGCACUGGAACCCUAUCUAUGCUUCCCCUCCCCCCAUCCUGGCAUCCUACCACUUCACUACAGCACCUUCCGUACACUCCUCUUUAUCUAUAUUUUAAUUUAUUGGGUAGGUUUCAGAAUAAUCCUAAAUAAUCUCAAUAGACCACAUUGCAGCUCUGUCUUCCCAUACUCCAGUUUUUGGGGAAAACAAGCAUAGUGUGUUAUGGAAUUUAAUGGCAGGAAUAUUUUAAGCCAAUGUUGACAGGAUAAACACCCCCCCCCCCCCCCAAACACGCACACACAACUCUUGUCACAGAGCAUUUCAUUGGAUCUCUAAAUAAAGUCCCAUCCCAAGCUCUGAUAAAAGUGUUGUUUAAAGGCAGAAGGUUGUCAAGUUUAUAAGUGAAUAAAACGACUUUAUCAGAUAGUGGGCACAAAAAAAAAUCAGUGUUAUCUGCAUCUGAAGAGACAGAUUGCACCCCGUAAAGUUUAUUACUAUAAGGUAAUAAUUUUAGUAUCACCCAUGUGUGACUGCGCAAGAGCGUGUCCUACAAUAGAUUCCUUAAAGUCACUGUUGUCUUUGCUACGUGACGCAAAUAAAUGCACCUUUCCAACGUAACAUUUUUCACGGCACUUUAUUACAAAACUCUUUAAACCAAAAUUAAUUACUUCCCUCGUAAUGAUACGGCUACAAUGUAAGCCUAGAAUUAUUAACUGUUUCUUGGUUUAGGUAAAUUUAUCCUUUUUUUGAUUUUUUUUAAGAUAAAAUUCAGUUUUCUGCUUUUGUAAUCGCAAAUGUUACUUAAAUAUGUGUUGUAAUUCUGCCCAUUAUAGCGUCUACAUCUUAACAAGAGACGUGGAUGCUAUAAAAUAAAGUGUCUCCUGCAGCUUUCAUAGUAACAUUUGAGACUUAUGUUUAAACCUUAUAAUCAAGUUGACAUUGUAAUUAAAGUACAAAAGGUCUAAUUACCUUGUAUAGCACGUCCUGAAAUGGUGCUAAUGUAGGCUGUCAUCUGCAGCCAAUAUCUAUAGAGGAACGAGCCACAGAAUAAUUAUACAUUCUGCUAUAAAUUGAAAGCCGUUCAAGAUCACAGUUCUAAGCACUUUUAAUAUAUCUCAAAAGAGAACUGGUAAUAUUUUUGGGGAGUGGCUUAGAGAUUUUCUUUUUUAUUCAUGUUUUUCUUCCUAGCAAAACAAAAAAAAGAUUCUUGAUAGCCGUCUGUUAGGUCGAGAGACUGCGUGUUUACGAAGAAUUUCUUGUAGCUCAGACUACAUUAACAGAAGCUGAACCAAAAACAAAGAUAUUUAAAUUUAUGCUUUUACCCCAGAUCACUUAUAUUUUUCCCACUUAUUGUUCUUGGGUGCAGUGGCCAUCAGAGCCCACAGAAUGACAAUCCGUGUGUGUUGAAGUGGAACUGAAUCGUUAUUUUUAUAAACUGAUAAGUUGAUUUUAAGGAGGUUACAAAAUAUUUUAUGUAGCAAAUUGUAUAAAGGUUGAAUAUGAAAUAAAAUGACCGUUAAUGACAGUGGUGACAAUUUAUUGCUCUUAAAAUAAAAGUCUGCUAUUAA